AUGUCGGCAUUAAAUACUUCAAUGUAUUCAUAUACUGGUAUACAACAAGUAGCUAUUUAUAUGGGUAUGCCAAUUCUUAUCAUUGGUGUAUUUGGUGAAAUUCUUAUAAUUAUUGUGUUUCUUAGUCUUAAAACUUUUCGAGAAAAAUCAUGUGCAUUUUAUCUAACUAUUAUGUCAUUGUUCAAUGUGGGUCAAUUACUAUUUUGUUUAUUUCCUCAAAUUAUGAUACAAGGAUUUGAUAUUGACUUAACACGAACAUCAGUAUUUUAUUGUAAAUGUCGAAUUUUUAUUCGUCAAUUAUGUACACUUAUGUCAUGUACAUGUAUGGGUUUAGCAACAAUGGAUCAAUUUUUUGCUACUUGUUCUACUACUUGGUGGCAACAACUAAGUAAUAUUAAAUUAGCUCGUAUUCUAACUUCUUUAUACUUCAUUAUAUGGAUAUGUCAUGGUAUUCCCUUCCUAAUAUAUAUAGAUAUAGUUAGAUUAUCACCAAACAAUGAACUUUAUUGUACAGUUACAAAUAGAAUAUUUUUACAUUAUUUUCAAUAUGGUUUUGUUAUUAUACUUGCUGGUUUUUUUCCUAUCUUUAUUACAGUAUUAUUCAGUUUAUUAGCUUAUCGUAAUGUACAAAAAUCAAUGUAUCAAAUAGUACCAUUGAUACGACGUGAAUUAGACAAACAAUUAACAGUUAUGGUUCUUGUAAUAGUUGCUUUCAAUUCUAUCACAACUAUACCAUAUAUCGUUGUUUAUAUUAUUAUGCGUGGUUCAAUACCAAUUCAAGAUCCUAUUCUUUUUUUACAAUUACAAUUCAGUUCUACAGUAUUUUCUAAUAUAUAUUUUUUACAUUUUGCAAGUUCACUGUACAUUUAUGUAUGUGUAUCAGAACGAUUUCGUCGACAAUUAAUUUAUGUAUUAUUUGGAAUGCAUCGUCGACAAACAUUACCUGCAAAUCAUGUAUCACCAUAA